AUGUCGGAUUACAUCGUCGAAGCAUGUUGGCAAAGAACCCGUACUAGAGGUUGCCUAGGUAAGUAUCAACCAGCGUUGCAGCUCGACAGAUAUCCAUCGCAAGUCGUGCAUGCAAGAGUUGCGAUUGGCAUCUCAUUCUUCCAACUGUUUCCUGCUCCUUCGUUAAUUCCACGUCCUAUAAAGCGGCCCCUGGAUCCCGCCGGGUAUCGAUAUAAUAAUCAUUCUUCCGUCUACGAAGACCAGAUUGUCACACAUCCUGCCUCGGGGACUUUCACUCCAUCAGGCAUACAAUCUGAACGUGAAGUUCAUUCUCCCCUUCGCAGCUGCCAUUACAUUUGCAAUCCCCCAAGUGCUGGGUGCCCCAGUUGCUUCGCCAGGGAGUGUUUCGCAAGCACAAUGUAUGGUGGUGGUCUGAUAUAUGCGGUAUAUGCUCUGGCAGGCUUUCAUGACGAAUCCGAGCCUGCAACACUGGAUGUGAUUGAUUGA